AUGGCGGCGGCGGCUGGUGCCGUCGGGCGGCGCACGGCCCCGGAGGCGGCGGCGGCCGAGCGGGGCGGUGGGAGCUGCGUGCUGUGCUGCGGGGACCUGGAGGCCACGGCGCUGGGCCGCUGCGACCACCCAGUGUGCUACCGCUGCUCCACCAAGAUGCGGGUGCUUUGCGAGCAGCGCUACUGCGCCGUGUGCCGCGAGGAGUUGCACCAGGUGGUCUUUGGGAAGAAGCUCCCAGCAUUCGCCACCAUCUCCCUCCAACAGCUGCAGCACGAGAAGCGGCAUGACAUCUACUUCACUGACAGCCAGGUGUUUGCCUUGUACAGGCAGCUGUUGCAGCACGAGUGUCCCCGGUGCCCUGCGUUGCCGCCCUUUGGCCUCUUCGGGGACCUGGAGCAGCACAUGCGAAGGCAGCACGAGCUCUUCUGCUGCAAGCUCUGCCUCAAGCACCUCAAGAUCUUCACGCACGAGCGCAAGUGGUACUCGCGCAGGGACCUGGCGCGGCACCGUAUGCAAGGGGACCCAGACGACACGUCGCAUCGCGGCCACCCUCUCUGCAAGUUCUGUGACGAGCGCUACCUGGAUAACGACGAGCUGCUUAAGCACCUGCGCCGCGACCACUACUUCUGCCACUUCUGUGAUGCCGACGGCGCCCAGGACUACUAUAGUGACUACACUUACCUGCGUGAGCACUUCCGGGAGAAGCAUUUCCUGUGCGAGGAGGGCCGCUGCAACCUGGAGCAAUUCACCCACGCCUUCCGCACCGAGAUCGACCUCAAGGCCCACCGCACUGCCUGCCACAGCCGGAGCCGCGCCGAGGCCCGCCAGAACCGCCAAAUCGACCUGCAGUUCAGCUUCACGCCCCGGCACCCACGACGCGGUGACGGCGUCAUCGGGGGCGAGGACUACGAGGAGGUGGACAGGUAUAACCGCCAGGGCCGGGCAGGCCGGGUCGGAGCGCGUGGAGCCCAGCAGAGCCGCCGCGGGAGCUGGAGGUACAAGAGGGAGGAAGAGGACCGGGACGUGGCGGCGGCCAUCCGGGCCUCGGUGGCUGCACAGCAGCAGGAUGAGAAGCACAGGAAGGACGCCCGUGAGGAGGGUGCCCGGGCCAAGGAGGAGGCAGUGGGGCGGGGCUCUUCGGAGCCACGUGGCACCCGGCACCCUCUACGGCCCCAGGGUGAAGGUUCAGGCGCCAAGGAAGUUGCGGCGAACGGUCCUGUGAGCCAAGAAGCCUCCCAAACAUCAGGGCCAGCCUCGGGGGCCUUGCCUCCAAGCCUACCACCUGCACCCAAACUCAAGGAUGAGGACUUCCCCAGCCUGUGCUCAGCACCCCCUGUGGCCGGGUCAGGCCCUGCAGGCAGAACCCCAGCCUACCCCAUGGCCACCAGGGACAGGGGCACCUUCCAGGAGGAUGACUUCCCUGCCCUGGUCUCCUCGGCUGCCCGUCCCUACGCCUCUCACACCAGCAUCAUCUCAGCCUGGAACAGCAGCAGGAAGGGGGCACUGCCCGCAGGGGCCCCAGCUGCUGCUGUUGGUGGGGGCUCAUCGGCCAGAAAGUCUGGGAAAGCAAGCAGUAAGGGCGCCCCACGGGGCGGCCCACCCCCUGUAGAGGAGGAGACCCCCCAGGAGCCACCCAGUUUGCCCAUCGUGCCCCCUGCUGCCUCUCAGCUGGCCACUGUGCAGGCCAGCACCAAGGUCGGCCGGAAGAAGAAGGUGGGCUCCGAGAAGUCUGCUGCCUUGUCAUCCUCACCCUCUGCCCGCACGGGAAAGGCCCCUGACAAAGCCCUGCCCGAGGCUGAGCAGCUCCCUGAACCAGCUGCUGUCACUCUCAACGGACAUGUGGAGGGGCUGGCCCUGGCAUGUGGCAGCACCCCCAAGGAACCCCCUGGGCUCCAGAGACCCCCAGGACCCCCGCCCUGCCUCAUACCCCAGGAAGAUUUCCCUGCCCUUGGUGGCCCAGGCCCACCCAGGAUGCCACCUCCUCCAGGGUUCAACACGGCAGUGCUGCUGAAGCCAGUGUCACCUCUACCCCCACCAGGGCUGGUGACCCCCAUGAGCAAGCCACCCCCCGGCUUUGCAGGACUCCUGCCCAGUCCACAGCUGACCUGUGUGCCCAGCACCCGCACGAAAGCGCCCAACCCGACAGUCCCACCCCAGGCCUACCUGGUCCCUGAGAACUUCCGGGAGAGGAAUCUGAAACUGAUCCAGUCCAUCAGGGACUUCCUUCAGAGUGACGAAGCCCGUUUUCGAAAGUUCAAGAGUCAUUCUGGGGAGUUCCGACAGGGUGUGACCUCCGCCGCCCAGUACUACCAGAGCUGCCGCGACCUGCUGGGCGAGAGCUUCCUGAAGAUCUUCAACGAGCUGCUGGUGCUCCUGCCUGACACAGCCAAGCAGCAGGAGCUGCUGUCGGCACACGCGGACUUCCGAGGCCACGAGCCACUGCCCGGCACAAAGGCCAAGAAGAGUCGGAAAGGCCCGUGGCAGGCCAGCACACAGACGGCCGGCCUGGACUGCUGCGUGUGCCCUACCUGCCAGCAGGUGCUGGCCCACCAUGACGUCCAAAGCCACCAGGCCCUGCAUGCUGCCCGAGACGAUGACUUCCCCUCCCUGCAGGCCAUUGCCAGGGUCAUCACGUAGCCGCUGCCAGCGCGGGCAGAAGCUGCAUUUAGUUGACCUCUGCCCGCCUCCCUAUCUCCCUCAAGGCUGCCAGGCAGCCAGAUGAAGCCACCUUCCAGGCCCCAGGGAGGCCUGGCCCUGCCAGCAUGUGGCCACACAGAAGUGCCAUCCGGCUUCCUCAGCGAGCGAGCACAGACCUGGCUCAGGCCGGCCUCAGGGAGGGCAUGGCCGGGAAGUGAGCCCUCUUGAGCAGUGGGCUUCAGCACCUUUGGCCUCCCGAGGUAGAGGCCCAUGGGGGCCAGGUGCCAUGAGUGUGUGUGUAAACAGUUGGCAGUUUCGUGGUUCAGGAAGGUUCCGGAUUAAAAGCAGACGCAAAAUUGUGCUACUUGAAAUUGAAUCUUUUUACGUACAAGCUGAAUCUGGGCUCUCAAAUUGCCUCUGAUCUUUUAUAAGACAAUUUAUCUUAUAAAAAUAAAUUUAUUUUUCAAUACGG